AACUACGGCAAGCGAUCAGCGUAAUCGUUAGCAAACAUUCCUGCAUGCGACACAACAUGGACGUGUAAUGAACUUUAUAUCUGCAGGUUUUCUCUGUUCUCGGCGGUUCUAGUCAAACUGUCAUUCAGGCGACAUUUUGUUUUUUCAUUGACCAGCUUAUUUCUUUCCUGCGUCACGGCAAAAUUGACAACCGCGUUUUGCUGUCAAAACACCAGCGAGCUUCCGUAGCGCCCUGACUGCUGGCACUUGGCAGCAGACAGCCGGUGAAACAAACGCAGCAUUAAACAGUGAAAUCAAACAUUAUCGGAUCACAACGAUGAGUCGAAGUUAUAACGAUGAGCUGCAAUAUCUGGACAAGAUCAGCAGUAACUGCUGGAGGAUUAAAAAGGGCUUCGUUCCCAACAUGCAGGUUGAAGGGAACUUCUAUGUGAAUGAGCCGCUGGAGAAACUGAUGUUUGAGGAGCUUCGUAACGCCUGUCGAGGAGGAGGCGUGGGAGGAUUCCUGCCGGCCAUGAAACAAAUCGGGAACGUGGCAGCGCUGCCAGGGAUCGUACACAGGUCCAUCGGGCUCCCAGACGUUCACUCUGGAUAUGGGUUUGCGAUCGGGAACAUGGCGGCCUUCGACAUGAACGACCCGGAUGCUGUGGUGUCUCCAGGUGGCGUUGGUUUUGAUAUAAACUGCGGCGUCCGUCUGCUGAGGACGAACUUGGACGAGGGUGACGUUCAGCCGGUGAAGGAGCAGCUGGCUCAGUCGCUGUUCGACCACAUCCCAGUGGGAGUCGGAUCCAAGGGAGUCAUCCCGAUGGGAGCCAAGGACCUGGAGGAGGCUCUGGAGAUGGGGGUGGACUGGUCCCUGAGGGAGGGUUACGCCUGGGCCGAAGACAAGGAGCACUGCGAGGAGUACGGCAGGAUGCUGCAGGCCGACCCCAACAAAGUCUCUUCCAAGGCCAAGAAGAGAGGCCUGCCGCAGCUGGGGACUCUGGGAGCUGGAAACCACUACGCUGAGAUCCAGGUGGUGGACGAGAUCUACAACGACUACGCCGCCAAGAAGAUGGGCAUCGACCACAAAGGUCAGGUGUGUGUGAUGAUCCACAGCGGCAGCAGAGGCCUCGGACACCAGGUGGCCACAGACGCUCUGGUCGCCAUGGAGAAGGCCAUGAAGAGAGACAAGAUCACAGUGAACGACCGUCAGCUGGCGUGCGCUCGCAUCACAUCACAGGAAGGACAGGACUACCUGAAGGGGAUGGCAGCUGCAGGAAACUACGCCUGGGUCAACCGCUCGUCCAUGACCUUCCUCACCAGACAGGCCUUUUCUAAAGUGUUCACCACGACACCGGACGACCUCGACAUGCACGUCAUCUACGACGUGUCCCACAACAUCGCCAAAGUGGAGGAGCACGUGGUGGACGGGAAGCAGAGGACGCUGCUGGUUCACCGCAAAGGAUCCACCCGAGCGUUCCCCCCCCACCACCCCCUCAUCCCUGUAGACUACCAGCUCACAGGUCAGCCGGUGUUGAUCGGAGGAACGAUGGGAACCUGCAGUUACGUCCUCACAGGGACCGACCAAGGCAUGACGGAGACAUUCGGCACCACCUGUCACGGAGCGGGUCGCGCUCUGUCUCGAGCCAAGUCCCGCAGGAACCUGGACUUCCAGGACGUCUUGGACAAACUGGCCGACAUGGGCAUCGCCAUCCGAGUGGCUUCACCCAAACUGGUCAUGGAGGAGGCUCCUGAAUCGUACAAGAACGUGACGGAUGUCGUCAACACGUGUCACGACGCUGGAAUCAGUAGGAAGGCGAUCAAACUGAGACCGAUCGCUGUGAUUAAAGGCUGAAGCUGCACAACGCUACGUUUAAAGACAAUUUACACCAAACGGAUGUCAUAAAGUUAAAAACACUGCAAGGCUACUCAGAAGAAAACAUCUCCUCCUUUCUUUGUUUUGGUUUUGGUAUGAUGGAUUUAUGUUGAAACAGCUGAGCUGCGAAAAAAAACGAGAUUGAAAGUUUGAUUUCUGACCUGAAUUUUUUUUUGUUUCAAAUCUGUGAUCAAAAUAAAGGUGGUCACUUAGAA